UCUCCUAGGGGUAUGCUUGUAGAAAUCCCCAUGGCCUCUCACAUCUGACCUCUUGGAGACCUGCCUGCCUAUCUUCGCCGUCUCUCUCUUUCAAUUCUAUUGUUUUUUCAAGAAUCCUGAUCUCAAAGAGAUGGCUGCUCCUCCCGCUAGAGCUCGAGCCGAUUAUGAUUAUCUCAUUAAGCUUCUCUUGAUCGGCGAUAGCGGUGUGGGCAAGAGUUGCCUUCUUUUGCGUUUCUCUGAUGGUUCCUUCACUACUAGUUUUAUCACCACCAUUGGUAUUGACUUUAAGAUAAGAACCAUUGAGCUUGAUGGCAAAAGGAUUAAGCUUCAAAUUUGGGAUACAGCUGGUCAGGAGCGGUUUCGAACAAUCACAACUGCUUACUAUCGUGGAGCUAUGGGUAUUUUGCUGGUGUAUGAUGUCACCGAUGAAUCAUCUUUCAACAACAUUAGGAAUUGGAUUCGCAACAUCGAGCAACAUGCUUCUGAUAAUGUUAACAAGAUAUUGGUAGGGAACAAGGCUGACAUGGAUGAAAGCAAACGGGCUGUGCCAACAUCCAAGGGCCAAGCACUUGCUGAUGAAUAUGGGAUCAAAUUCUUUGAAACUAGUGCAAAGACAAAUCUAAACGUGGAGCAAGUUUUCUUUUCAAUAGCAAGGGAUAUAAAGCAAAGGCUUGCUGACACCGACACAAGGGCUGAGCCUACUACGUUGAAGAUCACUCCAACAGACCAGGCAGGCGGAGGUGGUCAAGCUGCCCAGAAAUCUUCUUGCUGUGGUUCUUAAACUCAAGUGAUUUCCUAGUGGGAGCAUGAAUUACCGGUGACACUUCUGUUGAAAAAGAAAAGGGAAAGAGAAGGACGAGGACUAAUUCUGAUGACGGAGAAGGGGGGCUUGUCAUUCAUCUUAUGGCCAUUCUUUUCAAUCUUGUUUUAGCGUAUGAUAUUGCAGUUUAUCAUUAUAGAAUAUUAUUUGUGGUUCUCGUGUGGCAAUGCUUUUCUUCUUCGUUUUUCUCACCUUUUCUUCUCUCUUUUUUGUGCGCUUUUCUUCCUCGCAUCAAAUUUGUAGUCGCUUUGGUUAGUUUGUUAAUGAUGUAAAAAUACAAUUGCGAA